UAGGUCCCUGUAGGUGUUACGUACUUCAUUAAUAUUCUCCAAUUGUCUCCUUUCCUCUUAUAAGUAAUAGUACUAUUUUUAGUAGAGAAAACUCAGUAAACUCCAUCUAGCUUCAAAUUGUUGGUGCUUUUUUUGGAGCAAUUCACAUAAAUAGUUAAUGCUAGUGGAUUUGGGUGUCUGCAAAAAUAAUAAGAUUGACAAUUAUUCUGAGUGAAAUGAAGAGUAGAAGCAACUAUUUCAGCUGCUUCUUUCUUCUGUGUCUACUCCUAUUUGUAUCUGUAAAUUCUCUUGAGGAACAACAUAAUGUGAAGAGUUCACAAUUCCCUGAUGGGUUUCUUUUUGGAGCUACCACUUCAGCUUAUCAAAUUGAAGGAGCAUUUCUUGAAGAUGGCAAAGGGUUGAGUAAUUGGGAUGUUUUUAGUCAUACUAAAGGAAGGAUAAAGAAUGGAGAUAAUGGAGAUAUAGCGGAUGAUCAUUACCAUAGGUUUCAGGAAGAUGUUGAGUUAAUGCACUCUAUCGGCUUGACUGCCUAUCGAUUCUCCAUCUCAUGGAGCAGAGUCGUUCCUAGAGGAAGGUCUGGUAAAGUAAAUUUUGCUGGUGUUACGUUCUACAGCAAACUCAUUGAUUCUCUCUUACUCAAAGGAAUAACACCAUUUGUGACUGUCAGUCACCAUGACCAUCCACAAGAACUUGAGGAACGAUAUGGAGGCUGGCUUGAUCCUAUCAUGCAGGAAGAAUUUACCCAUUUUGCUCAAAUUUGUUUCGAGAGGUUUGGCGAUAGAGUGAAGCACUGGAUCACUAUCAACGAGCCAAACAUACUUGCAGAAAUGGGCUAUGUGACAGGAAAUUACCCACCUGCUCACUGUUCCCGGCCUUUUGGCAACUGUUCAGCUGGAAAUUCUGAUACUGAACCUCUUAUUGUUAUGCAUAACAUGUUAUUGGCACAUGCCAAGGCUGCAAAACUAUAUCGCGACCAUUUUCAGCCUAAACAUGGUGGAUUGAUAGGUAUUGUUGCGAAUGCAUUUAUGUAUAAACCUUUGAGGGAUAAUGACUUUGACCGUGACGCUGCUAAUAGGGCUUUGGUAUUUACCACUGCUUGGGUUUUUGAUCCUUUAGUACUUGGAGAUUACCCUCCGGAAAUGCGUAAAUAUCUUGGAAGUUUACUACCGAGGUUCACCUCAGAUGAAAGAAAUCUUAUCAAAAAUAGUAUUGACUUCAUCGGGAUAAACCACUAUGGGACUCUGUAUGCUAAGGAUUGCAUUUAUUCUAGCUGUGUUUGCUCCGAUUCUAGUUGUACUGCGGGUGGAGAUCACCCUAUCCAUGGGUAUCUCAUUACUCUAGGAGAGAAAGAUGGUGUUUCCAUUGGAGAACGGACAGGAAUGCCUCGAUUUUUUGUCGUCCCUAAAGGAAUGGAGGAGGUUGUGGACUACAUGAAGAAGAGAUAUCAUAACAAACCUAUGUUUGUCACUGAAAAUGAUAUGAUUGAUAUUUCUCGACAUUUCAAAAGCUAUGGAUUCAGAUGAACCCGUAGCUGAAAGGCUACAUCCGCUCCUGUCUGGAUUUACCUAGUAAUUUUAGUUAUGACUUGACUGUGGCAGUAUUCUUAGUUAGUUGAAAUGCUGACUUAUGAGGUGCAUUUCAGGCUACUCUUCCCUAAAUCCUACCACUGCACAAGCAGAUGAGUUGCAACAUGAUACUAAGCGAGUUGAAUUCCAUAAAGCAUAUCUUGCAUCAUUGGCUCAGGCAAUCAGGUAAAUCUACUCCCGCCCCCUCCUCAUGUACUGAAGUGACAUGCAAUGGGCAAAACUAGAGCCUCUAGUCUAGAGGUGACAAAUGACCAGGUUGGGUCAAACUUGGACGGGUCAAGAUGUGGCAAAAGUAAUAAACAGAGUCAUGACCCAACCAACCCAAAUUUUUCCGCGAAAUGAAGAAACGACUGAAUCUUUGUUGCCUUUGUGUGGCAUUUACAGGAAUGGUGCUGAUGUACGCGGUUAUUUUAUUUGGAGCCUGAUGGAUAAUUUCGAGUGGGCGAGAGGAUACGAGAUGAAAUUUGGUCUA